AUGCCGGGGGGCCAUGGCCAUAUCCGGGAGGUGGGUAAGGAGGGUAAGGCCAGCCAGCAUAGGGUGGAGGGUAGUGAGUGGGAGGGGCUGAAGGCGGAGGUGUGGGUGGAGGAGGAGUGGGAGUGGUGGGAGUGGAGGUGGAGGGGAGAAGAUGCUGAACUUGUUGAAGGAUACGGAGUGCCCAAGGAGGGCGUGAAUCCGCAGGAGGUGCUCAUCCGGCUGGCCCUACUGCACCUCAUUCGCAUCAAGGUGGCCGCGGCUGAGAGCACCCGGGAGAGGCUGCGGGAGAGGGUCAGGGCGAGGAGGCUGGCCAAAGGUGGGGGUGCAGAGGGAAGGGGUGUGGAAAAGAGGGGUGCAGACGCGAGUGGUGCAGAGCGUAGGGGUGCAGUGGCAGCAGCGGGAGAGGCAGCAACAAAAGAUGCAGCAGUAGCAGCAGUAGCAGCAGCAGCAGCAGCAGCAGCACCUUCUGGGAAAGAAGAGGCUGUCAGGAAGGCGGGAGAGGAAGUGUGCGGAGGCGCGGUGAGAGAAGGAAAAAGGGAUGGACCUUCAGAAAUGGAGGGCGUGACUUUGGCUGGUGGGGAAGGGGGUGAGAAGGGAGAGAGGGGGCGUGGAGGGGUGGUGGGGGAAGGGAAGGGGGAUGGACCUUCAGAAAUGGGGGGCGUGGAGGGAGAUGGGGAGGGGCAUGAGAAGCGGGAGGAGGGAAACAGUGAGCCGGGUGCGAAGGGUGAAGGAGAUACUGGAGAGGGAGAGACGGGAGAGGGAGAAGGUGGAAAGCAGGAGGGUGACAAGGAGGGUGACAUGAAGGAGGGUGACAAGAAGGAGGGUGACAAGAAGGAGCGAGAAGAGGAGGUUGAAAAGAAGGAGGGUGAAAAGAAGCAGGGUGACAAGGAGGGUGAAAAGGAAGAGGGGUUGGAAGAGGAGGAGGAAGCGGUGGAGCUGGCUCGCUAG